UUGUUUGUUGGGCUUCCUUCUUCCUGGUUUCCGUGAUCAUGUGAAUACUACAGCAAGCCGUCCCGGUCAUACACACUACCCCAGUUUGGGCACUCGACACCCCGCUACACCCUGCGCUGGAUCCCACUAGCUACUCUAUGGCGGAUGGUGAGCGUCGCCCGUUGCUUUCGGACCAGCACGACGGGACGAAUGGUUCCUCCUAUGGCUUUCCCCCGAGGCCACAGAGUUUCCCGCCAUUCCUCAGCCCCAGUGCCCCCCCUCCAGUCCUGUUCGGUGAAGCCCCGCCUCCCUACUCUCCCCUGGGCAGCCCAGACAUUGGCAGCUCCCCCAUCAUCAAUUGCAGGGUGUGUCAGAGUGCCAUCAACGUGGAGGGAAAGACACACCAACACGUAGUCAAGUGUGUCAUCUGCAAUGAGGCUACGCCUAUCAAGAAUGCCCCAGCAGGGAAGAAGUAUGUCCGCUGCCCCUGUAACUGUCUGCUCAUCUGUAAAGUCACCUCCCAGAGGAUCGCCUGUCCCCGCCCCUACUGUAAGCGUGUCAUGAACUUGGGUUUGGUGCCAGCUGCAGGGUCCGGUUCAGGCAGUCCAGAACCUCAACAACUCGCUGGAGUCAGAGUGGUCUGUGGACACUGCAGAAACACAUUCCUGUGGACUGAUUUCUCAGACAGAACGUUAGCCAGAUGCCCCCACUGCAGAAAAGUCUCUUCUGUUGGCCGGCGGUACCCCAGGAGGCGGGGCUUGUGGUGUUUCCUGUUGUUUUUGGUUUUCUCUGGCAGCACGGCAGGACUAGUGGUGGGAACAUGUAAAUCAGCCUUGCUCAACAGAGGGAUCUAUGCCUCCUGGGUCUUCCUGAUUCUCCUGGCUGUACUGAGCAUGUGCAGAAUGAUCUACUGGGGCUGUCUGAAGAUUAGCGAACCUAUACAGAACAACCCAUAGAGGGGAGAGGAGCCCAUACAGAACAACCCAUAGAGGAGCCCAUACAGAACAUCACAUAGUGGGGAGAGGAGCCCAUACCCAUAGAAAUGGGGGAGGGGUUCCUCAAUGCUGGAAGAGGGACCCCGAGUUAAAACAUUAGGGGACCUCUGACAUGGAGAGGAACAGAGAGAUGUACUAAGGGAGAUAUGGUAUAGGAAGGGAGGAAGGAGCGUGAGAACAAACAUGAACAUGACCAAGUCAAACUAGAUCAAACAAGAUCCAACCAGAUCCAACUGUCUAAACUGCCUCUGUCUGGAAUAACUAACCGGUCUUAGUGGCUAUGUCCCAAAUAGUGCACUAUUCACUAUGCAGUGCACUCAACGUUUGACCAGGGCCCCUAUUCCCUAUAUAGUGCACUACUUUAGACCAGAGCCCUAUAGAACCCUAUUCCCUAUAUAGUGCACUACUUUAGACCAGAGCCCUAUGGAACCCUAUUCCCUAUAUAGUGCACUACUUUAGACCAAGGCCCUAUAGAACCCUAUUCCCUAUAUAGUGCACUACUUUAGACCAGGGCCCUAUAGAAACCUAUUCCCUAUAUAGUGCACUACUUUAGACCAGAGCCCUAUAGAACCCUAUUCCCUAUAUAGUGCACUACUUUAGACCAGGGCCCUAUAGAACCCUAUUCCCUAUAUAGUGCACUACUUUAGACCAGAGCCCUAUAGAACCCUAUUCCCUAUAUAGUGCACUACUUUAGACCAGGGCCCUAUAGAACCCUAUUCCCUAUAUAUUGCACUACUUUAGACCAGGGCCCCAUUGAACCCUAUUCCCUAUAUAGUGCACUACUUUAGACCAGGGCCCUAUAGAACCCUAUUCCCUAUAUAGUGCACUACUUUAGACCAGGGCCCUAUAGAACCCUAUUCCCUAUAUAGUGCACUACUUUAGACCAGGGCCCUAUAGAACCCUAUUCCCUAUAUAGUGCACUACUUUAGACCAGGGCCCUAUAGAACCCUGGACUGGUAGGACUAAUAGUCCCCCACUGGACUGGCUGGACUAAUAGUCCCCCACUGGACUGGCUGGUAGGACUAAUAGUCCCCCACUGGACUGGCUGGUAGGACUAAUAGUCCCCUACUGGACUGGCUGGUAGGACUAAUAGUCCCCCACUGGACUGGCUGGUAGGACUAAUAGUCCCCCACUGGACUGGCUGGUAGGACUAAUAGUCCCCCACUGGACUGGCUGGUAGGACUAAUAGU